AUGUCCCUGGCACGCAUCAAGCGCUUCCCCAACAUAGCGUUGCGAAAUCUCGUAUUUCUCUUCCAAAGACCUGCAAAAACUCAAGCCGAGGAUGAGAACGGCGACGCCCCCCUCAAAGCACGCAACCCGAUCACUAUUCUGGCAUCGUUGACGUUGCAGCAAUGGGGCUUCUACACAGUCGCUUGGGGAGGUUGGAUCUUCGAUUCCGUCAGUUCAGUGUCGUUGUGCAGCAGCCGAUACACGGUGGUAGGAUGAUGGGAGAGGAUUUUUGCAACUUCAUAAAGUCGGGCUUGAGCACUGAAAUAGCCUUCUUAUGCGCUCAGUAUGACUUCAAUGUUCUCGCGAUACAAACCACCAAACUGUCAAGAUAUUAUCAUGUAUGUCACGUCUUGGAGAUGACUCGUCAGCGCGUCAAGAACUCUGACUUUACCAAGGUCCAAUUGCAGGUGGACAAGACCCGCAUCGCAGACGCAAUCACUUUCACAUUACUGUUCAGGCUCAUCGGCGCCCUGAUCUUUGGUGAGCGCUUAUUUUUGAAACGGCAGCAUGCUGCUGCUGUAUUUGGGGCUGAAACCAAAGCUCAAUUGGGUCUUGCGUGUCGUCUAGGCAUAGUCGGCGACUAUUACGGGCGGAAAUGGCCAUUCGUGAGACCUACUCGACAGUAGGACGUUUCCUUUGACUAUCCGCUCACUCGCCAAACGCGCCGCUCACAGGCCAUCAACAUGUGGCUCUUGGGCGUCUUGCAAGUGAGCAAUUUUCUGAUUCGAUCCGACGGCAUCAAGCAUCCGCUGAUGAUGGAGCUCGACAGAUCGCGACGGUCUACACGGAAUCUUAUGGGACCUUUGUAGCAGUGCGAAGCUUGUUUGGCGUGGCUAUGUGAGGGCCGCAAAUGUCUACAUAAGCACAAGAGCGCGGCAGCUACACACUGACCAUCCUCGGCGGAUCUUGCAGGGGCGGUGUCUUUGGCGGAGCUUGCGCUAUGGCGCUGGAGAACAUGCCAGUCGAAGCUAGAGGCUUACUAGGUGGUGUCUUUCAAGAGGGCUAUUCGGUCGGGUGCGUCUGCUCAGAGUCUCGUGAGGCUGAAAUGGACGACAGACGCGUCUAUGACUUACAACAAAAAAUUCAUCUUCAUGCAAUUGCACGGCCAAGAUACAUCGUUGCCGCUGUGGGAAAUCUGAUCGUGGGAGGGGCAACAAACUCUUGGAAGUCGCUCUUUUGGUUCGGUAAGUUGGACUUGACACAUUGGCUCUUCAAUGCCAUGCCGAGUGAUUGUCUCACUCUAUCUAUGCUCUCGCGCCGGUCCAGGUGCGGGUGGAUCGUUCCUGUUUGGCACACUUCGCCUAGCAUUGCCCGAGUCGCGACAAUUUCUCGAAGCCAAGUCGGCUGGAAGAGGAGGCCAAUCGACGCGCAACUUUGGGAAAGACACGGUGGCCAUGCUCAAGGUACAUUGGCCCGUCGCUAUUUACUGCGGUGUGAGGAGCGCGAGUUUCCAUUUCGCGAGACAGCAUCGUAUCAUGCUCUGAAGUGAUGUCUCACGACUUCGUACAGAUCUUUAUGACCAUUGUCAAUUUUUGGGGCCACACGUGUGCAGACUCGUAUACCGCAAGUAUAGUUCCGGACUUGUCUGGCCCAGCACUGAGCUCUCUGAGUGCUGAUCCCCUCUUUUUGUUCGCAAUAGACUUUCAUGCUCACAGGAAAACAGCUCAAGAAUGGGCCUGCGUCGCGUGCGUCAAUCUGGAUGAAGACUGGAGCCGUCUUUGGCGGAACAGUGAUGGGUUACUGCUCGCAAUGGCUGGGUAGAAGGCGCGCCAUCGUGCUCUCGGCUCUGAUAUCCGGCUUGAUGAUUCCUGCUUGGAUCCUGCCCAACACCUUGGCAGGACUCGUCGCCGGCGGGUUCUUUCUUCAAUUUGUGAGACCGUCAAUCUUUGAAUAGCAGCGGAAGCUCUUUCGGCGGGAAAGGAAUCAGGAAAAGUUUCUAAAGUCUUCCGCUUUGCCUCAUAUGAAUCCAACCAGUUUCUCGGUGGCGCAGUCGGCAUCGUGCCUGCCCAUCUUCAAGAGCUAUCACCUCCUCAAUUUCGCGCCGUCUUUGUGGUGAGUCAUCGUGCCAGUCAUAUCCGCAAGAGUGACGCUCGGGAGCGAACUAAGGGUAACAUUCUCUCUAUUGUGCCGCAUGUCUCAGGGCAUGGCGUAUCAGCUGGGUAAUGCCAUCGUCAGUCUUUCGUACAUCCAGACAAUUCACCAUAGAGCAUAACCUGACGCUGUUGUGCCAUUCACUUUAGGCUUCGCCCGCCACCCAGAUCGUCAACGAUUUGGCCGAGCACCACUUCAAGAGUACGGGCCCGGAUGGGCGCUCAGUAGACGGGUGAGUUCCAGCGCAUCCGUCAAUGCUUCAGCUUCGAAUCGAAUCGAAUCGAAUCGAAUCGCAGGCGCACAACAUCUUCCCGUCCAUCUGGUCCCCCAUCAUCCUCAUCCAUUCUCUCCUCUUUCUACCUUGCAAUCCUGCAACUCGUUGCCGCGCAGCUAUGGUCCAGUAAUGGGCGUAGCUACGGCAAUCUUCGCAAGUCUGAUGGUCCUAUGGACCUCGAUCGGUCCCGAAAACACCGGUUCGCACUUUGAGCGUGCAAGGGUUGCAGGAGCCGUUGGCGUGUCGGAGGAGCUCCCUUCUUACAAAAGCGACCCGGCGCACCCGCCCAAAGUAGAGGCGCAACCUAUGGACAUUCUAAGUCCUGUACAGCCAGCUGCUCAGGAUGACUCCGAAGGCUCAAGUCGAGAGUGA